CCGCCACGUCAAGGCCGCGACGUCGCCUCUCCGGGAGAGUCGGUAGAGUGCCUGCGGGUUCCGCUCGAGAGUGUGCGGAGUGGAGGAGGAGAAUGGGGGCCGUGAGAAAUUGCUCGACAAGCGAGAGCGAGCGAGAUCGGUACGGUAGAAAGUCGAGUCGAUUAUGAUCUGGGAUCAUGAUGUCUCGAUUCGCGCUCCUGUUUCGGCGAUCUCUAUCUGGGUACGAUUGUGAUCGUGUCGGAUUGCAAGUUCGCAAGGUUCGAUGCACAUCGCAGACUCGGCAUCUGAGUCAGCAGCGGGCAGGGGAAGAAUGUUGUGGCACGGACGAUUCAAGUCCUGCAACCAGGAAAGUCAGUGUUGCCACUCGAGGUGUCAAUCUUUCCCAUCCCACUUUCGUGGUAUGGGGAGCGAACACGGGCGUAGGCAAGACCCUGCUGUCAGCUGGCUUGUUAGGCUCGAUUCUGUCUUCCCGGAAGGCACGGUCCAGAGAUGUGAUGUAUCUCAAGCCUGUACAAACUGGGUACCCCGCCGAUUCGGAUGCCAGAUUUGUGACCCGGGAGGUCUCGAACAUUUUGAGGAGUAGUCCGCAUGGAAUUCAAAACAAGGUGUACAUAUGCAACCACACAUUGAAGGCCUCUCCAGCAGUUCACUGGGCUGUGAAGUCCAAGGAGGAGACGGGGAUGAAAGAUUUAGGGAGCUACGAAGAACUCAUCCUCGAAGGAAGCCAAAGGCCUAACUUUUACAUGAAUGGUCAUGACAAUCUGGAGGCUGACUCUCAAGGAAGAAGCACAGAGAGUUUUUCAUCAGCAUUGGCCUCGUUGCCCUCUCAGUUAACAUGUAAAACCAUGUUGGCAUGGUUUGAUCCUGUUUCCCCACAUUAUGCAGCUCAGACCGAGAGAACCUUAGUAGACGACUCCUAUGUGAUUCAUAGCAUACAGUCUGCCCUUGAAUCUCACAACAUCGGCUAUAUAAAUGACGGAAGUAGGUGCGAGGCCGGCGAAGAAAGUAGAGCCGAAAAGUGGGUCCUUAUCGAGACUGCCGGUGGAGUCGCCAGUCCUGGACCUUCCGGAACUUUGCAAUGUGAUCUUUACAGACCCUUGAGACUCCCUGCUGUUCUUAUGGGUGAUGGACAUCUAGGAGGUAUAUCCAGCACAAUUUCAGCGUAUGAAAGCCUUCACUCUCGCGGCUAUGAUGUUGGAGCAGUUGUCUUGUCGGACUACGGUUUGGACAAUGAAAAACCUCUUUUGAAGUACUUACAGGGAAGGGUGCCAGUUUUUGUUCUCCCACCAGUACCAGACAUUAGUAAGGGAUUGUCAGACUGGUUUGAUGAAUCUCAAGUGUGUUUUUCUCAAAUUCGAUAUGCAUUGGAGGAAUCUCAUCUGAGAAGAAUACAGAGAUUGCACGAAAUGCCCAGAAAAGCAGAACAAAUACUUUGGUGGCCUUUCACGCAACAUACUAUGGUUCCUACGGGAGAAAUUACCCUUAUCGAUUCCAGAUGUGGUGAAAAUUUCUCAGUGUUCAAGAGCACUGACGGAGAUAGAUUGGAAUCACAGUUCGAUGCUUGUGCAAGUUGGUGGACUCAAGGACCUGACAUGCAUCUGCAGCCAGAACUCGCCAGAGAAGCGGCUUAUGCAGCUGGGCGAUAUGGGCAUGUUAUGUUCCCAGAAAAUGUACACGAACCUGCGCUGCGUUGCGCCGAACUUCUCCUUGAAGGAGUGGGCCAAGGGUGGGCAAGGAGGGUAUUUUUUUCCGAUACUGGAUCAGCAGCUAUCGAGAUCGCCCUGAAGAUGGCCUUCAGGAAGUUUGUGAAGGAUCAUGCGAGUUUCUUCAGUGCGGAUACAUCUUGGAAGUCUGUUGAGAGCCAACCUUCCCUAAAGGUUCUGGCACUAAGCGGCUCAUAUCAUGGCGAUACUUUGGGGGCUAUGGAGGCACAGGCGCCUAAUCCCUACACGGGAUUUCUUCAGCAGCCUUGGUAUUCUGGCAGAGGAUUGUUUCUGGAUUCCCCAAAAGUGUACAUGCAGAUGGGUCAAUGGCAGUUGGAUAUUCCAGACUCUUUGUUAAAGGACAAUGCCGUCAAAGUGAAACAUGCAGAUACGGUUUUCGAUUCUCGAGACGACGUGUUCAGUGCGACUAGAGAUCAGACAAAUUUGGCCGAGACUUAUCGCGCAUACGUUGAUAAUCAACUUUCUGUUCACAAGGCUAAGGAGGUCAAAAACGUAAUCGCUGCUCUGAUUAUAGAACCUGUCAUUCACGGUGCAGGGGGUAUGGAAAUGGUGGAUCCUCUUUUCCAGCGCGUUCUUGUCUCGGUCUGUAGGAAUCGAAACGUACCUGUGAUUUUUGACGAAAUUUUUGCUGGAUGCUGGCGCUUUGGUGUUCAGUCUACCUCAGAGCUUUUGAACUGCUACCCUGACAUUGCCUGCUACGCCAAGCUUCUAACUGGAGGUACUGUUCCGCUGGCGGUCACGCUUGCGACGGAAGAUGUAUUUGAAUCGUUCAAGGGCCUGUCCAAGCUUGAUGCACUACUACAUGGUCACUCUUACACUGCCCAUGCAAUGGGCUGUGCAACAGCAGUGGCAGCUCUACAAUACUUCAAGGAUCCUUCCAAGAAUACGAACCUUCUACCCAGUGGUCGCCUUCUCGAAUUAUGGGAGCCAGAGCUUGUUGCUGCUAUAUCAUGCCAUCGUUCUGUAAAAAGAGUAACUACGAUCGGAACUCUUUUCGCUUGUGAACUUCAGGACAAAGACUCAGGGUAUGCUUCAACGUCAACAAAAGGGUUGAUUCAAAGCUUGCGAGCAAACGGCAUAUUCGCUCGCCCUUUGGGAAAUGUUGUCUAUUUUUUGUGCGGACCAUUGACUGCACCAGCCUCUUGUAAAAUAUUAUUGCAAGUGCUGGAGAGCCACCUAAGCCGGGAAAUGGAGCAGAUAAAGAAUUAGUUACGAGGAUAUGAGUUCGCGUGUACGCAGGUUUAGACGCAAGCUCAUACGGUCAGUCUGAUCACUCUCUUUGGGAUGCAUUUGUUACAGUCCCAGAACGGUAGUCUUUAUGAAUAGGGGUCCUCCUUUUACCACGGUAUAUGUAUCAGGAUUUCACGGAAUACCUGUUUUAUACACAAUUUUGACCUCGACACAGAACUAGAUUGAAGAGAGCGUUGAUCGAUACAAGUUGGGCCACCAAUUGCAACUAAAAUAUCCAAGGAGACCCGAAGGUAGGUAAAAAUUUCCGAUAAGCGAAAUUAUCGUGACCCGUAUCGGGCACCACUAUCCCUUGGGUCCAUCAAUGUUGGACGUAGGACUGGUUGUGGUCCUAUGAUAGAAAUUGUAGAAGCGACUAGGGCUGGCACGAUUGCAGAGCCGCCGUAUAUAUUUUUCCUUGUUACAUUGUUGAAGUUUAAUUGGAAGCGGACUGGAAUAUGAGUUUCUAAGAUUAGGAUGUUUCCACCUGACCGCUCAAUUUGUGGACAAUGGGUAUUUUUCCCAGUCCAGUUACGAAAAAAAAAGCAUCAACUACGA